GGUGGCUAAGGAGAGAAGAAAGGAACGGAGGACCAGGAAGCGCAAGGAGGGAUGAGGGGAAGGCGAGAUAAGGGGGAAGGAGGAUAAGGAAAGAAGGAUGAAAGGAAGGCGCUCGGGGAGGUGGUGGGGAGGAUGAAAGGGAGGAAGGGAUGAGGGGAAGAAAAGAGGAUGCUUUGCCCUGGCCUCACCUCAGCUCGGUGGGUGGGGGUGGGAGAAGCUCUCGCCGCCGCCGCCGCCGCCGCCGCCUCCUCCGCCUCCUCCUCCCCAGCAGCGCCGGUCACUGAUGGGCUGGGUGCGCGGCGCGGCUCCCUCGCACAGCGCCCAGCCCCGGCUCCCGCCUACCCGCCCUCGCUGCCCGCCUCCCGCCGCCGGCCCGAGCCGCUCUGAGGGGACCCGGGCGCUGCCGCCGCGGCCGCCAGCCUCCCCGCGGCAGCCACUAGGGGAGGAGGAGGCAGCGCGCCUGCGCCACCGACAACCGCUGGGCCGGGAGCGGGGAGCUGCCCGCCGAGGGGGCGGCGGGCGAGGGGAGGCCUUGUUGCCGCUGCCGGCCCCGGCUCGGCGGGUCCAUAGGCCGGCUGCGGGCCGCUUCAGUGCGCAGUUGCUAAGCCCAAGAUGAAGCAUCUUUCCAUUCACAUCUUUUAAAAUGUACAAAAGACUUUUAACUAAAACAUGGCCUGAAGAAAGUUAAUGAAGUUGUUGUUAGUAGUCUGCAUCACAAAUGAAAAGACUAUGGAUGGUUCUGGUCUUUUCCUUCAGGCCUUCAUGAAUCAGGAAAAUGACAGCUGAUUUUUCUAAAGCAGCAGCAGCUGUAAGUGAAAAAGAAGAAGAAAAAAAAACUUGAACAACAGAAAGCUGAUGACAAGAGCCACUACUGGGGUGACCAGUCUGUUGCAAGCUGAAAUUUUCUGGAAUCUUAAUGGACCUCGUGACCUAGUUUACAGAGUCUUUCUUGUUAAUUCACUUUUUUAGAAGGGUCAAGCGUUUUUCCUGCUAAAGAUCAUGUCCUUCAACUAAGAAAUAUUCCAUCAUCUACAGUAUCAAUACAGCAACAUAAAAUUCAGGCUUUUUGAUUCUGAACACAUUAAUAAAUCAUGAGCAAUAAUCCUGGAGUAUCUCACACCCCUUUGCCCUGUCCUCACUUUUCAUUGACAGUUAAACAAUGAUACAAAGAAUUCCUUUUUGUGUUUGUCAUGACCAGUGUGAAUAAUCACGUAGGCUUAUGAAGGCAGACAGUUAUCUAGCAGCAGGCUCAUCCACUUCCAGUUUCGAGAUGGAUGUAGUUUCAAACAGAAAGAAAAUGACAUUUUGAAAAUCCACAGAUGGAUUUUCAAACAGGUCCACAAAAUGGACCUGUUAAUUGUGAGUGAAGUAAGAGAAGUGGGAAAAGAAUAAUGCAUGUAAAAUGAACAUGCCACAUGUAGGUAAAAAUCUUGAUUUCAAUAUCAGAAAUGCUCUGCACAUUCAAAUUGAAUUAUGCAGCUUAUUACUUCUGAAAAUGGUAGCACCUCUUGAUCCAUCAGGUCAAGAGUUACAUUAAGGCUUUACAUGCCUUACAUGAAGCGCACCUCAAAUGGGAAGGACACUGCAGGAAUAUUUACAUUUUCAAAGCAUUCUUCAUGUUUGAAUGACAGCUGAAUGAGCCAUCCCUUAAAGAAAGAAAGAAAGAAAAGAGAAUGCUUUUUCAUUAAAUUAAUGAACCAGCUCAGAAAUAUUGAAGGAAUGUCUAGUGAACUAUAAUGAUCGUGGGACUUUCAAUAAUAUGUUGUAGAGGGAAAACACCUACCACUAUCCUAAUCUGGACAUUGCUCAGACAGGGUACUGGGAUCCAUUCCAUUUCAUGAUUUCUUCAGGCAGGCUACAUAAAAUACUUUGUAAAAGCUGAGUUGAUUUCCAUAACAGAGUUUUGGCAAAUGAAAUCAAAACAGGUUGCUAUGACAGUUCCUACAAAUCUUUCUAUUUUAUCUUUGUUUUGUAUUAUAAAUAUGUCAAGAUGAAGCCAUUUCUGUCAAAACAGAAAUCUUUCCUCUUGGGGAAGUUUUCUUGGCAUUUUUUUAAUGCCGUAAUUUUCAGUAUUUAUCAAAGUCAGGAGAAAGACUAAUUUCAAAUGCUCUAACUUCCAUCUGCAUCAUUAUAAACCCACAAGAACAUAGCUUUAGUCUUAUAAAUGAGUCAUGUCAUUAGAUACGGUAUUGUUAGUUUAAUUGACUUUGUUUACUGCUCUGUAUAACAAGUGACUGAAAAAUAAAUGACACUUAACAUUGUCUAAA